AUGCAAAACCAAGCAGGACAAGAAAAUAACAGUAGUUCUACUUCAUCAGGUUUCCGUAUGGGAUGGCCCUCUAUGGGCAUGAAUGUAGAGUUCAACACUUUAUUCGGGAGUUCAUCUUCAUCCGGAGGUCCUGGAGGAGCAGCUUCGUCUAGUAGGAUGAACGGAGGUGCAGGCGGAAGAAUGGACGGGGGUCGUCCCGGUGUAGUUCCACCAGGAGGUGGAGGAGGACAUGGUUUUCCAUUCGUCCCGGGUGGUUUUGACAUCUUUAACAUCUUCGGGAGUAAUAAUAAUCAGAAUGUCAAUAGUACCAAUGCAGCGAGUGGACCGUCAGGGAGCAUGCCGCCCGGAGGAGGAGUUCCUUCACCGCCGCCGAACAAUGCUGACCAUUUUCAUCAGCAUUUCCAUGAGCAUCAGCAGCAGAUGGACAGUCAAAUGGACAGUAUCUUUGGGAAUUCGUUCGGCCGAUCAAUCUUCAAUAGUUCGAUGAUGAACCCCUUCGGUGGUAUGCCUGGGAUGCCUGGAAUGCAUCCACCUGGCACACAUCCUGCAGCAACCAACAAUCACAAUACAAAUAGAAAUACUUCUAGAAGUACUAGUUCAUCGGCUUCUGGUGGAGGAGGUUGGUCCAACAAUGGUACAGCUGGUCAUCAAUCGAGUACGUCAUGGUCAUCUACUUCCUCAACAAAUAACGGUGGAAACACGACAAACAACAACUACAAUAGCAACUAUACGGCAUCUGGAGGACUGGGAGGACCAGGAUCAGCAGCAGCUGCAGCUCAAGCGGCAAAUGCAGCAAGUGCACAUGCGAGAAGCCACGCUGCCCAUCAUAGCGAUGCGCACCAUGGUAGUACUUCCUUCUCUAGCAGAACAACAGGUGGAGGAAGGGCGAACAAUCCCCCAUCAAGUUCAAGUAGUCAUAGCUCCACCAGUUCUACAACCACACGACAAUCAACAAAUCAGCAACCUUCUCCCCAAGCGCAACGCCAGUCACGAAAUCAACCGCCCCCGCACAACCCACCCCAAGAUCCCAGAGGAAGGGGAAAUGGUACUAUGCAAAUUGUUUUCUGAAGAUGAUGUAGAUAGUUCCUCCUGCUCCUCCUAUAAAUUUAUCUAGUACUCUAGUUGUAUGUGAAUAGGUCUCCAUGUAAUUGUAAAUUAGCCUAAAGUUCUUGAGAUUAUGAUAAUGCUCAUUCUAAAAAUAUCACUCACAAAAAAAUACAGUCGAUUCGCGUUCGCCCACGCACGGAAGGAGUCGGGUCGAGAGAAUGCCACCGCCGCAAAUAAUAGUAUUAGCACAACUUUGUUUUGAUGCAUCAAUACUAAUAUUCUUGUUGACAACCCACCCUUGCUAGCACAAUGACGAAUGUUGUGUAUCUCAUGUUGUAGGAUUUUUAUGAAGAUGGUUUUUUUUUAGAUGAAGAAGAUCAAGAUUGCCCCUGACAUCAUGAUCACUUACUCUGAAACCCUCUCCUCGAACUCCCUUACUCAGUGUCCUCCCGCUCUCCGCGACGAGCAGUGUCCGAUCUGUUUUUGCGAUUUUCAAGACGAAAAAACAGCGAUUCGCUUACCCUGUCUCCAUCUCUUCCAUGAGGAUUGCGGAAGGGAAUGGAUCGAGGAGAACCUCAAUUGUCCAGUGUGCAAGCUCGACCUUCAUCCAACCCAUCAUCAUCGCAGAUUGCGAUUGAGGGUCGAAGACGUCGAGAGCAUGUCAGUCAAGGAGCUGAGGUAUCUGUACGAGUACGUUGGGGUUCAGCCAGACGCGUCGUUGAUCGAGAAGCCGGAUAUAGUGGCGCAUAUAUUGCGGUCAGGGUACGUCACAGUCGUGUGUCCAAAGAAGAUGGAGACGCUGUCGGUCAAAGAGUUGAAGAGCAUGAUGCGGUUGUUGGGCAUAAACUCGGCGACCUGUAUAGCGAAAGAGGAUUUGGUGCAGGCUUUUCGGAAGCAUCCAAGCGUUGUCACGGAUGCUAACGAUUAAGGGCAUAGGCGAAGGCGAUAUACAACACUCUUACAGCGAUUCAACUACAUACUUCCUACUUCUUAAUACCAGAACAAAAACCAUUUCUUCAUCGACCGACCAACAUGAUCAUCAACAUAGCCGACUUGGUUCUUUUCGUAAUAUUCUUCAUUCUUUUCUUGGUCUAAUCCAAAAUCGUGACUUACAUUAGAAACCGCCAUAUAUGACUACAACAUGCUAAUGUUCUUGGAUCAUUCUUUUUUCCAUCCCAUUCCCAUGGAUUCCUCGGUAAGAACAAAAAGGGAGUGAUUCCUCAGUAAGAACAAAAAGGGAGUGAAAAUAUCUUCUCCG